AUGUCCGAUAAAGCUGCAGCCGUUCAUGGUUCACAUGUCCCAAACCCCAGUCAGGAGCAUGUCAUUCUCCAGGUGCCUAUCCCCGUCGAUCAGCCUUGCGGUGUGAGUCUCCCUCGGGUAGCCCUACGCUAUUUCAAGGCCUUGCUUUCCCAGUCAAGCCUUGAGACUGUCACUGUCGUCUCUGCUCGCAUCUUCUCUUUUGCCUUAGCACUUGCUCACCUCGUGCUCAUGGCCGAUAAACCCACUACCGCCCCCCAAACACCAACCAUCUCCACAAUGACCACCGCCGAAAAGUCAUCCUCCGGCUUCCUCAAAGUCAUCGCCUUCUUCGACCUCGUCGUCAAACUGGCCGCGGCGGGUGCGCUCAUCGGAAUUCUUGUUCUACUUGUGCAGUUCAACAACAACAUCGAUAAGCUCUUCAACGGGAGCAGAUCUCUCCCCGUUCGCGUCUCCGAUGCCGCGCCGCUGCGUAUCAUGCCCGGUUACUCGGGCACCUUCGAUGUUCGAAUGACGAAUAACGCGGCUGACCCUGUGUGGUUCAAGGUGGACAAUUAG